AGCAAUAUAUCUCACACACAAAAUCAAGAGAGAAUCAGCACUACACUUCAUCUCUCUUGAAAUUACAAAAUUAUGGGAAGAGAAGAUAAGAAAAUGGAGAUAGAUCUCUCCCUCAAAAUUGAUUCCCAAGAAGAAGCACCAAGAAAGGUUCAGGAUGAUGAUGAGAGAGCGGAUGUAAAAUUAGAUUCACAAUACAAAGAGGAUGUUGUUGAAGAAGAAGAAGAUGCAGCCAUGGCUGCCUCAGGGGAAGUAUUAGAGGAUUCUGAGUCAAUGCAAUUGUCUUUGCAAGAUAACAUGAAGACAGAAGAGUUAUCUGCGUUGCAAAUUGAGAUGAAUCGCAUGAAGGAAGAGAACAAAGUGCUAAGGAGGGUAGUGGAGCAAACCAUGAAAGAUUUCCAUGAGCUCCAGAGGCAAUUUUCUAUUGUCCAGCAAAAUAAUUCUCAGAAAAAUAAUGAUCCUCAGGUGUUUCUCUCACUGAGUAGCAAUGGGAGUGGAAUCCAAGAACAAGCAAUGAUAUCCGAUACCAGAAAAAUAUCGCCAUUAAAAGAUCAUGAUACGGACAAAGAUAAUGAGUUAGGGUUGUCCCUCAGGCUAUCAGAUUCUGGAUACGACCGGCAACAAAGAAAGGAAGAGCAGAAACAGGAGAUUACAAAUCUUAUGGAGGUUCAGAGAAAUCAUCUUAACAGCUUGUCUGCAAUCACAAGCCAUGUUGCUGUUCCACCCAAUAGAAAAGCUAGGGUUUCUGUUAGAACAAGAUGCCAAUCUGCAACAUUGAAUGAUGGGUGUCAAUGGAGGAAAUAUGGCCAGAAAAUUGCUAAAGGGAAUCCCUGCCCUCGAGCCUAUUACCGCUGCACGGUGGCUCCUGGAUGCCCCGUUCGAAAACAGGUGCAAAGAUGCUUAGAAGACAUGUCAAUUCUCAUCACAACCUAUGAAGGGACUCACAAUCACCCCCUUCCCGUGGGUGCCACGGCAAUGGCUUCCACAGCCUCGGCGGCGGCUUCCUUUAUGCUACUAGACUCCAGCAACCCUCUCUCAAAUGGCAUCCCUAGCUUCACUCAAGCAUCACUUCCCUACCCAAACAAUGCUUUCUUACUAAACCCAUCAGCCUCUUCUCUUCCAUCCAACAUCCGCACCAUAAACCCUAAUUACUAUGACCCUUCUAAAGGAGUUGUUCUUGAUCUCACAACCCCCGGCAGCUCCUCUCAUAAUAAUGCCCUCCUUCCAAGUUUUCCAUUGAUACCCGAAAAACCAAAUUAUCCAAAUAUUUUUAGUACCCCUAGAGAAGGCCAGGAGUUCUUAGCUGAGAAUGUUAGUGCAAUGGCCUCAGAUCCUAAAUUUAGGGUUGCGGUUGCGGCGGCCAUUACAUCAUGGAUGAAUAAAGAAAACCAAACAGGUCCUAGUAUUGGACCUUGUUUUGUUGCUAGGGAAGCAGUUGGCGGGGAGAGUGUUAGCACUAGUACUAAAAAUUGGGUGCUUGAAUCUCUUUCUGGAAAUGGAAAUGGUAAGCCUAAUUAAUAUAAUUCAGCAUUCGCCUUAAAACAACUUCAAAAACCCUUGUUUUAUUUUUUGUCUUUGAAGGACGUGGAUUAAAGGGUAUAUAUAGCUUGUAUACAUAUAUUAAUAUUGCUUAUCUUGUGUCUUCCUCGAUAAGAAUUAUAUAUUUUUUUGCCUUUUUUCCUCUUUCCUCAUUAAAGGUUCCAUGUGAUGGGAACCAGAGAUGUAAGAUUUGAGAAGACAAAAUUAAUUAUGAGUCAGAAUAUAAAAAUAGAGUUCAUAGCUAGUCAGGGCAUGCAUUGUUCUGUGUA